AUGUCGACUAAUUGGACGCGUUUACUAGUUGUCAGCCCUGCCCUGCGGUUGCUACUCCUGCUGCUGCUCCUGCUCCUGCUCGACAAUGCCUGCGCGGAUGUGGCUCACUUCUUUGCGGCACCCGCUGAAUUUGGCAGCUAUUUGCAUGGACAGGCGCCCUUCCAGCUGGCGCUGCCUCAAUACGGUCCGCCUGCCGCGAGUCCUGUGACCCCGGCCCCCGUGGCUCCCGUGGCGCCGUCCACCACGGAGUUUAUUCUGCCGGAGAUCAUUGACAAUCGCAGCCUUGUCAAGAGUUUCGGCCCGGCACACGGCAACUUCAUACCCCUCAGCCAGCACUAUCUGCCGCCCAGCAACGAGGAGCGUCCCAGCUAUGAGAGCCCAAAGCCCAGCGAUGAGUUCGCUGGCUACUAUUAUCCACAGCCCAGUGGGAGCAGCACCACGCGCAUUCCCUCGACCACCACGACAACGCCACGUCCCAUCGUAGUGCAGGAGCUGGGCGAGGAUGGGGAUGAGGAGCAGCUGGCCGCCGCUGGUUACGAUUACCAUGCACCGCCGAAGCGUCCCUCGACGCCAGCGCCCGUUUAUCUGCCGCCAGGGGAGAGCGGUGUCCAGCACCAGCAACAGAAUCAACUGCGACUGCGAAUCAAGGACAUGCGCUGCCUGCAGGCUGGCUACUUUCGGGCCAUCCUCAAGCUGGACAGCUUCGUGGGCGCUGCACCGGUGCUGGACAACGACUACGACGAGUCUUCGGCGGACAAGCACUGCGAGCUGAAGCUAUCGCGUAGCUAUCUGCUCCUGGACAUAGCCGGCGCAGACUUCGAGCGCUGUGGCGUGCGAAAUUGUGGCCAGGAUUUGUGUUUGCGACUGCGUUUCCCGGCUAUACGGGGACUGCGCACAGGCGGAGACUCCAUCCUGACGCUGCACUGCAAGACGCAGGAGCGCGUGGCCGUCAAGACGCAUGCACUGAAAAUGGGCGUGGCCAACGAUGUCCAGGCCCGCAGCGCUGGCAGCUAUGCCCAUGGCGGCAAUCAGAAUGCCUUUCGCACCCACGUGGAGCUCCUGAGACGAGGCAGCAACGGCUAUACCCAGCACCUGGAGAGCAAUGGGGCCGUGCAGCUGGGCGAGGAGCUCUUGCUGCGCGCCCAUGUACUGGCCGGCGAUGGCUGGAACUACACGAAGCUGAGUGACGUACAGCUGCAGCGCAUUUCGGCCGGUGGGGAGGUCUUGAAUAGUGUUCAGCUGAUCACGCCGCGCGGUUGCCUCAAUCCAGCCAUGCAGAGCAUAUGCGCGCAUGCGCCCAGUGCGGAGCCGCCGCUGGGCCAGCGACUGCAGUUCAGAGCCGUCAUGUUUCCGGGCAUGCACAGCGGCGAUGUGCUGGUCAUGUCCAUGCGCAUAACGGGCUGCCUGGAGCGCGAGGACUGCCAGCUGUCGGCGCAGGACUGCCAGCCCGGCGUGGCCCAGCGACGACGACGGGACACCGUACUCCAGCCGCAUGCCAAUGGAACAGAGGCAUCCGAGCUAUCCCACAUCACUUUCAGAGUGAUCAUGCCGCACAUGGAGCUGCCGGAGCAGCCAGCGAUUGUAACCGACUUGGACUCGUCGAACGUGACAAAUAGCGCCAAGUCAUUCGCAUUGUUUGGGAGUGUGGGGUUUGUGGUGCUGCUGCUGGGCGUUGCUGUGGUGGCACUAUAUAAGCUGGGCAAAUAGAUGGAUGAUGAUUGAUGAACCGUCUAGUUUUGGAAU